AUGACGAACGGCAGUUUCGUAAAUACUAUACGUGAAAUUCUUGAAAUGAAAGAUCCUCGUAGGUUUUACGAUGGAUUAAGUGCAGCCCUUUUUCGUCAGAUAACUUAUACUAUGACCAAAAUGGGAAUUUAUACGUCAAUGUUGGAAUUUUGGAUAAAUCAUUUUGGACGUCCUGAUUAUGCUGGUAUGAUUAGCAUUGGAAUGUUCUCUGGCGUCGUUGGUUCUUUUGUUGGGACACCUGCUGACGUUGUACUUGUACGAAUGGUAGGCGAUAUUAAAUUAUCACCAGAAAAACGAAGAAAUUAUAAAAAUGUCAUAAGUGCUCUUAUUGAUAUAUGCCAAAAGGAAGGAAUUACAACAUUAUGGAGAGGUGCUGCACCUUCUAUUGGAAGAGCAGCUAUUGUCAGUGGUGUACAAUUGGGUACAUAUAGUCGAUUGAAAUACGCGUUAAUAGAUACUGGUAGAUAA